GGUCGAAACCGUCGUUUCAGAAACCCCAAAACCGAAAAUGGUGAAGAAGCAAAAGAUUGAAGUAGAAGUUGAUCCGGUGGUGGUAACUGAUGAUGAAUCGGACUCUGAUAUGGAUCUGGAACCACGUCCGGGUCUCAAGACGCCUUCUCCUGAGCAGGUGAUGGAUGUUGAAGUAUAUACUCAGCAAUGGAGAGAGCAGACUGCCUGGAAUGCAGAAGAAGCUCUGAAGUACUACAAGGAGACCCACCAGGGUGUCGAAUAUGUGCUUGUGGAUCCCACCCGUAGCAAUCCUGUUAUAGCCCCUUGUGGAAUUUUCUGUCACUCCCUGUUCACGGCUAAGAAGGUCGUCACUUCCGCCUCUGCCUCGCCGGAGAGCAUCCCUCCCACUCCUAAGAUGGUUGUUGUCAAUAAUGAUGAUGGCUCCUCCUCCUCCUCCUCUUCCUCCCCCGUGGAAAGCAGCCCUCCAACUCCUGUUGCCGAGGAGUUGUUCUUUGCCGAGACAGCCAUGUACUCGGGCGAUGGGUUGAAGCUCACUGUUCAUUCGUGUAUCAUCAUCGAUCCUUCUGGACCUGUUCGUCCCAGCAUAGGUUGCUUCUAUUGUUCGAAGUCCCUCAAGCAUCCUUUCUACCAUCCUCCCGAGGAGCAGUUAGUGUUUGGUAAGCGUGAUUGCGACAAAGGUAUCAAAUACGACGACGACUGGACUGACUCGGAUGACGAACCUGCUGAAGUAUGGCAAGCGUAAUUGUGAGGCACGUCUCAACCGCGCGACGGUGACUACUCCUCGACUUCCUCGGACUAAGGACAUGCUGUGCGCUGUCUGUUUCCUCGUCUUCGAAGUAGAAAAAUUUAGAAUUGGUGAUUGUAAAAAAAAAGAUUUGGAGACACGACUGAUCAAAUCCCUAAAGCAGUAAUCCCUCUCUCGGACGAGGAACCUGUUAGGUUCCUCAUCGUCGAAGUAGAAAGAUUUAGAUUGUUGAUUGUAUAUAUCAAUAUGUAUCUCGUUUGUGUAUGAGUUUAUAGCUUAAGCAUAGUGGAUAACCAUUCCUACUAUUGACCGCGAAACACUAUCAUAAUAAUUAACUUAUAGUAAUAAU